AUGAGUACAAUGGACCCGGAUACGACGCCGGGAAUGCAGCCGCCGGACGGGCAGACAUCGCAUUUCCAUGCGCCUUGGAACUCACUGCAAAUAGGGACAUUUAUCGCCUUUGGCAUCACCUAUUUCCUCGCUACAGUGUUUCUGGGCCUUCGCUAUUACCAGGCAUUCAAGCUGAUAAAAGAGAUCGAGGUGGAUUUAGUCAUCAUCACGAUCGCCUACGGCGUUUCUGUGACCUAUUUUUGGACCAUGGUUAGAUCCUUAACCAAAAUAGCCAUCUUGUCUGUCUUGUACCGCAUCAAUCCCUCAGUCACCUACCGUUACUUUGUUGUGACUGUCGCUAUUGCAAUCUUCAUCUAUACCCUGGCCUUAUGCAUCAUCACUGGGGCACCGUGUAAUCCCCUCAAAUCGGGGACCACUAACCCUACUCAUCCCCACGAUCCGCAAUCUCCAUUUUUCACUGAAACGGAGAGCCACGGUCGGCUGCCUCCUGGCUCUGGGAUCGGGUGCCAUCAUCUGCUCAAUAGCCCGCCUACCAUACGUCAUCCGCCUCGACAAGACGCCCGACACAACCUAUACCGAAGCCAUCCUGGGCGUGUGGUUAUUGUCGAGAUCAACCUUGCCAUCAUCUGCCCCUGCGCAAUGCGAUUCAAGCGGCCGGUUGCGACAUACCUGCCAGGACUAUCGUUAUUCUCCUCGCGGUCUCACAGUGCUGCUGGGAAAACGACAUACAGCUCGAGCGUAAAUAGAUUUCGGCUCGACCACAGCCAGCACUCAUACCAGCUCCACAGCGUCCAGAAGGGCAACACCGGUCCCUUUUCUGACAGCAAUGGUAUCUCCAUCCAUCGUUCGUUUAAGGUGGAUGUGAAAGGCACCGAUAGACACACCGGGGAUGGCGAGAGCGCCGACAAGAUUUUGGCUUGA